AGAGCGCAGUUGUGGGCUGCGGUGCUGCGGAGCGAGGAUACCACAGUUGCGGCUGAAGGAGCCUUUUUCUCCGAUCAAUAACAAGAGUUUGCGUGUGUUCUCCGCGGCGUCCUUUAUUUCUUAUCACAAUUUGGAAAUAGAAACAUCUUUCAAGGAUCGUCCUAGCACCAUCAUGGCAGAACUGAGACAAGAUUUAGCACAUCUAAACAAGAAUAUCCCAAAAACAAGCAAACAUAGUGUGCCAGUGCAGUAAGAUUUCAACAAGCGCUAAUUUACAUGGAACCCACAGUGCUCCCCUUAACUCGGCUAAUAGUGCUGCGCCCUGAGUCCAUGGAUCUCGAUUUUCUCCCACCCCGGUGUGAGAGACUACUCCCAGCUGACCCUUGACCUGACAAGGAAUGAGCUGAUUGUGGGUGCCAGAAACUACCUCUUUAGACUGGACCUCAGUAACAUGUCCCUGAUACAGGUGACGGAAUGGGCACCGGACGAGGAAACCAGGAGGUCCUGUCAGAGCAAAGGAAAAACAGAGGUGGAAUGUCAGAACUACAUCAGAGUCCUACUGGUCAAUAAGACUGAGGUCAUGACCUGUGGUACCAACGCUUUCCAGCCCCUCUGUAUCACCAGAGAGGUGGGUAAUAUGAGCAAUGUGGUGGACCGAGUGAAUGGCGUGGCGCGCUGCCCGUACGAUCCGCGCCACAACUCCACAGCAGUGGUGACAGAGAGCGGCGAGCUGUAUGCUGCCACCGUCAUCGAUUUCUCCGGCCGUGACCCUGUCAUCUACCGCAGCCUGGGUGGCAUGCCCCCGCUCCGUACCGCCCAGUACAACUCCAAAUGGCUCAAUGAGCCUCACUUCAUCUCGGCCUAUGACAUUGGCUUGUUCACAUUCUUCUUCCUGAGGGAAAAUGCCGUGGAGCACGACUGCGGCAAGACGGUCUAUUCCCGUGUGGCACGUGUCUGCAAGAACGACAUCGGCGGGCGUUUCCUGCUGGAGGACACCUGGACCACCUUCAUGAAGGCUCGGCUCAACUGCUCGCGCUCGGGGGAGAUCCCCUUCUACUACAAUGAGCUACAGAGCACCUUCUACCUGCCGGAGCAAGACCUCAUCUACGGCAUAUUCACCACCAACGUGAACAGCAUAGCGGCCUCGGCAGUGUGCGCUUUCAACUUGAGCGCCAUCACCCGGGCCUUCAACGGGCCCUUCCGCUCCCAGGAGAACCCUCGCUCCACCUGGCUUCCCACACCCAACCCCAUCCACAACUUCCAGUGUGGUACUAUAGAAGACGAGGGGCCGAAUGAGGGUCUGACGGAGCGCAGCCUGCAGGAUGCUCAGCGGCUCUACCUGAUGAAUGACGUGGUGCAGCCGGUGUCUGUGGACCCGCUGGUCAUGCAGGACGAUGUACGCUUCUCCAACCUGGUGGUGGACAUCGUUCAGGGCAUGGACACCCUCUACCACGUCAUGUACAUCGGCACAGAAUAUGGCACCAUCCUAAAGGCGCUGGCCACAACCAACAAGAGCCUGCAGGGUUGUUACCUAGAGGAGAUGGAACUUCUUCCAUCAGGGAAGCGGGAACCAAUCCUAAGCCUGCAGAUCCUGCACAGCGAUAGGUCACUUUUCGUGGGACUAAACAACCAAGUUUUGAAGAUCCCUCUGGAGAGGUGUUCCACAUACAAAACUCAGGCGAUGUGUCUGGAGGCCAGGGAUCCCUACUGCGGCUGGGACUGGAAGCAGCACCGCUGCACCACGUUGGAGGACAGCUCCAACAUGAGCCAGUGGAGCCAGAACAUCACCGUGUGUCCGCUGCGCAACCAGACGACCAACGGUGGCUUUGGGCCCUGGGCACCGUGGCAGCCCUGCAACAACGACGACAGCGCUGAUGGCGUCAGCUCGUGUCUGUGUCGCUCCAGGGCCUGCGACAGCCCUGCUCCCCGCUGUGGAGGGAAAACCUGCGAGGGCCCCACCAUCGAAGUCUCCAACUGCUCCAGAAAUGGAGGCUGGACCCCCUGGUCUUCAUGGGGACAAUGCAGCACCACGUGUGGUACGGGCUUCGAGCUGCGGCAGCGUUCUUGCAACAACCCCUCGCCCAGACAUGGCGGCCGUGUGUGUGUGGGGCCGAGCCGAGACGAGAGGUUCUGCAACGAGGGCGUGUCCUGUCCCCAGCCCAUCUUCUGGUCUCCUUGGGGCUCGUGGACAAAGUGCAGCACAGAAUGCGGUGGGGGGGUCCACUCCAGGGUACGCACCUGUGAAAACGGCAACAGCUGCCCGGGAUGUGCAUUGGAGUACAAGGCCUGUAACCUGGAGGCGUGUCCAGAGGUGAAGAGGAACACCCCCUGGACCCCCUGGAUGCCCGUCAAUGUGACGCAGGGUGGCGCCCGCCAAGAACAGAGGAUUCGGUACAUGUGCCGCGCCCACCUGGCCGACCCACACGAGCUGCAAAUCGGACGGAGGAAGGUGGAGACUCGCUUCUGCCCGAAUGAUGGCACGGCACUGUGUGAAACCGACACCCUGGUUGAGGACCUGCUGAAAAUGCCUAUGGUGAGGGUGGCAGGUGUCGGCUGGUCGUCAUGGGAAACCUGGUCUACCUGCUCUCAGAGCUGUGCCAAGGGCUACCGCACCCGCCGACGAACAUGCGCCAGCCCCGAGGGAAAGAGCGCCCCCACCGCCUGCCGUGGUUCACCCGUGGAGUACCAGGACUGCAACGUGCAGGCCUGUCCCGUGAACGGCGUCUGGUCCUGCUGGUCGUCCUGGUCCCAGUGUUCGGUGGGUUGUGGCGGCGGGCACUACCAACGGACCCGUUCCUGCAACAACCCGGCCCCCAUCAACGGAGGGGACAUCUGCAUAGGACUGCACACGGAAGAGGCCCUGUGUAACACACACACCUGCGACGACGGACAUCCGCCAAGAGGAGAGCAGAUGCUGGAAAACGACUAUCCUGUCAGGGAAUGCCAGACUGAUGAAGGCGGCUGGAUGGCCUGGUCACUGUGGUCAGCUUGUGAUGACUCCGGCUUGCAGAUGCGGAGCCGGGUGUGCGGGUCGCAGGGCGCCGGCCCAUGCAUGGGAAACAGCACUCAGCGCAGAGAUUGCAAUGAGAUACCUGUCAUUCUCCCUGCAUCUGGCUUUGAUAAGGACCAGCACUGUGGUGCAUUCACCUCAAUUCACCUGAUCGCCACGGGUGUGUCUUGCUUCCUGGGGGCCGGGCUGUUGUCCUUCCUGGUCUACGUGUAUUGUCAGCGUUUCCACAAGCCCUCGCAGGAGUCGGCUGUCAUUCACCCCACCACUCCCAACCACCUCAACUACAAGGGCAACACCACACCAAAGAAUGAGAAGUACACCCCCAUGGAGUUCAAGACACUGAACAAGAACAACCUGCUACCAGAUGAGCGGUCGAACUUCUACCCAUCUCCGCUCCAGCAGACGAACGUCUACACCACCACCUACUACCCACCAGCGCUGGGCAAAUACGACUACCAGCCUAACGCUUCCCCGUCCCCCUGCCGGACCUAUAACCACAGCAACAACAGCUGAGACGCUCCUCCAUCUGCACUCCCACCCCCCACCCCCCUGCUACUGCCCCUGCCCAACCCUACCCCGAUUCCCAAAACAGAUUCGCCCAUCGCCAUGGCAAUAUAACCGACGGAAUCUGAACAAGAGGUGUUUUCUCCGCUCGCCAUCGGCUCUGUCUGUGCUCCCAUAGUCUCUCAUGCAUGGUAGGGCUUUGUGUAUUCAAGGGCACCUUCGGGAACAUUCCACCGGCCCCUAGCGGGUUUCGGAUGACAACGUCCGUGGGCCCACAGACCCAAAAUGUGGAAGCAGGGUCUUACACAACUGUCAAAGGGUCUGUGUUUUUAUAAGGGUUUGACUGGAUUUAGCAAUGUCAGCACAGCGCUACAAGUUAUGAUCCGAUGGAAAACUCCGGUAUGAAGUGCAUCCGGUGUCGGAGAGAAUUUAAACCACCAGAUCACUUCAGCAUAGAUGCCGAUUCUAGUAUUUAGUGAUCCAAGUGAAGUACUCGAACAAGAACACGUUUAAAACGUCACGCUUUCUCAUAUAUUUUUUUUAUGACUCCAUGUUAUCAGCCUGUAAUGGAUAAACUUGGAGGCCCUCACCAUCAUAAGUAGUUAGCGAGAACAAACAGCGCAAUACCGUUAUGUCUCUGCUUCAGCGUGGCAUGUGAAAAAACAACAACAACACAAGAGAAAGCCAAAUGAAGUCGAAACUUGGUUAAAUUAGAUAUCGAUGUCAGUCAUAUUGGGAGGGGGAGCGUGCUCUCCUCCAGUCUCAGCUUCUCACAUCACAGAGAGAAUAAAGAACUUCUUCAUGGACUGUGUGACAGAACACUCAUCAUCACUCCGUACAGGAAAAUCACACACAGCUGGAACGACCUGUUCUCUAAAACUAAUGGACAAAGUCCUCACACUUCAUUGCUUUUUGCAGACGAGAGCUUCACGUUCUUGUGAAGUAUCUGGACCAGAAUGUGGACAAAGCAGAGCAGGGGACUGUGGGAGAUACCGUUGUAAUAGGGGCAGCGUACUGUACAUAAAGCUUUGGGAAUGCCUCGGGUGCCUGUAUGCAAAAGAGAGGGGGAGGGGGUCAGCUUAUCGUUGUGUUUCUUCUGACGUUUAUUCUUUUUCUACACAAUGGCAAGGACUUCUGGAGAUGGAAACUUUUUUGAUUCUCCAAUGGAUGCAUUGAUCCUGCUGAGUGCUAACCAGCUCGAUGGUCAUAUCAGAUUUGGCCAGUAUGCUGAACAACUGGAUUGUUUUGUUUUUUGUUCCUUUUUUUUUUUUUAAUUGAGACUUGAGGUAGAAAAAGCUAGAGGAGUGGCAUUUCUUUUUAUGUGUGUGUGUUUUUUUUUUUUACAAGGAGGGGCUUAUCGUUUCACGCUCUUUUAUGAGCCGUAGCAUAGGUGGUAAUAUUUUGUUAAAACCAAUAAGAAAUAGAUGAUUAAUUCUCGUUCUUUCAUUUCACUGAAUAGACACAUUCCAUUUGCCUUUAUUUUCAGCAGAUUGGUUGCCAUUGUAUCUUUACUACACAGAGAUGUUGACACACCGGAGGAGAGACGCAAGGAGACAAAAAUUCAAUGCCGAUAUGGUUUUUAAAAAGUGUGACUGUAACAAAAUAUCAACUGAGGUCCCACUCGUAACAAUAUUAACUAACUUAAGCUCAGAAGCAUGCUCGUUUGAGGUCAGGAAAGGGUGUGUGUGUGUGUGUGUGUGUGUGUGU